GGCUUAAGCGCAAACUUUAGAACCAGAAGCCUGGAAUCGAAUUGAAUUAAAAAUUCCUUAUCCCAGUUAUCCAGCGAUGAAUAAAUCAAAUCGACUAGGAUUCUUCGGUUCCGCAUACGCGCGCGCGCGAGGACAUGAGAUGCUGCGCAGCACACAAGGCAGGGAUGGAUGGAAUAAAGCUCUGCUUCCUUCUGCAGGAAUACUUCUUUUGCUUUUCCUUCUCGCCUGGCACGCACCCAAUUCUUCAAAAGCAGAGGAAACAAUCACCGACGCAUAUGGACUGUGAACCAUUAAUGGGUUUUCCUAUACAAAGAAAUAGAAGAAAGAGAGAGGGUGAAAAUGAAAAAGGGCAUGCAUUGUCGGCAUCUGAAUCUUGGAGGGUCCUUCUCUACGUGAUAUAGCCUCAGGCGUUGUUCAUACCUUGUUCCUAGGUUGUCAUGGCCUGCUUGCUGCGAAGAAGCUGACUUCUGAGAAGCUUCUGUUCGAGUGUCUCUAAAGAUCAUAAUUUGUUGGUGGCCUGCAAAUGGGGAAAAUGUGCGAGUGAGGCUUUUGGGCUGUACCCAUGUUGCCAGUCUCAAAAAAACUGAAGAGAUUUUUAGUGCAUUUUGCAGUCCUAUUUACGAGUUGAAUUGGGUUUUUUGUUCAGGACAUGAAAUGAUUGAUUUUGGGAAUUGAGUGUAAAGUUGGUUCGUGUGUCUUCUCCGAAGCAGUUAUGGUGAUUGCUUCCGUUGAAAAAGCAGAAUCGUCAAAGGAACUCGACCUCAAAGAUCCUUAAGAGUCAAACUGGAAGUUGAUUUAUUCUGUUUCUGCUUCUUAUGGAGGCUUUCUGAAUGGAGUCUUUGGAAUCUGAGCUUCAGUAAUUGAGAAGCUGCCAACUUAAAUAGCCAAUACAGGAAGAUGAGUAUUUACCAGAUGAAUGAAUUAUGCCUCUAGAACUUGUUCCUGUUACUCACACUUCCAUCACUCCUUAGUUUGUUAUGUGUUUUUUCCCUGCUACUGGUUUUGUAUGUGGUAAUCAUGGGGAAACUGUUCAGCUAUUCGGAAAUUCUAUUUAUGUUUAUCAUUUCACUUUCAGUCCACUACUCAGAGCAGCUACAGUCCUCCCAGGCCCUGACCCUUCUAAGAAUUCAGGAGAUUUUGAACUUUCCAGCUAUUCUAAGUGGCUGGAAGAACUCCACAGACUUCUGCAAUACUGAACCUAGUUCAUCUCUAACUGUUGUAUGCUACGAGGAAACCAUAACCCAGUUGCAUAUCAUUGGGGAUAAGGGGGUGUUCCCAUUACCUCAAAAUUUCUCCAUUGAUUCCUUCAUAACAACUCUUGUUAAGCUUCCAAAUUUGAAAGUGCUUACUUUGGUUUCUCUUGGCUUAUGGGGACCUUUUCCUGGUAAAAUUGCUCGUUUAUCGUCUCUGGAAAUUCUCAACAUUAGUUCAAAUUUCUUUUAUGGUGCAAUUCCUGAAGAAAUGUCGUCCCUUACAAGCCUCCAAACACUGGUACUAGAUGACAACAUGUUCACUGGUCAACUUCCGGACUGGCUGGGCUCGCUUCCAGUUUUAUCUGUUUUGAGUUUAAAGAAGAAUUGGCUUGAUGGAUCUCUGCCAGAUUCAUUGAGAAGUUUGGUAACACUCAGAAUUCUUGUGCUUUCACAUAACCAUUUUUUCGGAAAAGUGCCUGAUCUCAGUACUUUGACAAACCUUCAGAUCCUCGACUUGGAAAAUAAUUCUUUUGGACCUCAGUUUCCUCAACUUGGGAACAAGUUGGUUACACUUGUAUUGAGAAAGAACAGGUUUAGCUCUGCCAUCCCUGAUGAUACAAGCUCUUAUUAUCAGCUUCAACGGCUUGAUAUCUCUCUCAAUAAAUUUUUGGGGCCAUUCCAGUUGUCAUUGUUAUCCCUACCUUCAAUUACUUAUCUAAAUAUUGCAGGAAAUAGAUUCACUGGAAUGCUCUUUGAAAAUUUGCCUUGCAAUUCUCAACUUGAAUACGUGGACUUAUCCUCAAAUCUUUUGACUGGAAGCUUGCCCAGUUGUCUUCUUUCAGAUUCUAAGGAUAGGAUGGUUCUUUAUUCUAGGAAUUGCUUGGCAACCCAUGAUCAAAAUCAACAUCCAUUGUCCUUUUGCCGUAAAGAAGCUUUAGCUGUGGGAAUCUUACCUCGCAGGCAUAAGAGGUUGGCUGAAGCUUCUAAAGCAGUUCUUGCAUUGGGUAUAAUUGGAGGAAUUGUUGGGGGCAUUGCACUUGUUGGUUUGGCUUUUUUCGUAGUUAGAAGAUCUAAUGCCAAGAAGCCAAUAAAAUCUCCUCCAACAACACUAAUCACAGAGAAUACAUCAACAGGAUAUAGCUCAAAGUUGCUUUCAGGUGCAAGAUAUAUAUCUCAAGCAACAAAAAUGGGGACACUUGGCCUUCCGGGUUAUCGAAACUUCUCACUUGAAGAACUUGAAGAGGCUACAAACAACUUUGACACAUCAACUUUCAUGGGUGAAGGUUCCCAUGGUAAGGUGUACAGAGGUCAGCUUAAGGAUGGUUCACUUGUUGCUAUAAGAUGCCUGAAAAUGAAAAAACCCCAGGGCAUUCAAAACUUUAUGCACCACAUAGAGCUGAUUUCAAAAUUCAGACAUUGCCAUUUGGUCAGUGCCCUUGGACACUGCUUUGAGUGUUACUUGGAUGAUUCAACUGUCAAGAUGGUAUUCCUUGUCUUUGAAUAUGUGCCAAAUGGAACGCUAAGGGACCGUAUCUCUGGGUGGCAUGCCAGACAAACACUUACUUGGCCACAGCGCAUAGCAGCUGCAAUAGGGGUGGCAAAAGGUAUCCAGUUUCUGCAUACAGGAAUUAUGCCUGGUGUGUUUUCAAAUAAUCUGAAAAUAACAGAUGUUUUAUUGGAUCGGAAUCUUGUCGCAAAAAUUAAUAGUUACAACCUGCCUUUGUUGACACAGAAUAUUGGAAAGGUUGGUCAGGGAAUUUCUUCUGGUGGUUACAAAGAAUACAAUAUUAAUGCAAGUGGGAAAAUUGGAGAUAAAACUGAUGUUUAUGACUUUGGAGUAAUACUACUGGAAAUCAUCACCGGAAGGCCACUCAGCUCCAGGAGUGAAGUGGAUGUUGUGAAGGAUCAGUUACAAGCAAGCAUAACCGCAGAUGAUGCAACUCGAAGGACCUUUGUUGAUUCAGAAGUUUGUACAGCCUGCUCAGAUCUAUCAUUGAAGACGAUGAUGGAUAUUUGCAUGAGGUGUUUGCUAAAGGACCCAGCAGAUAGGCCUUCUGUUGACGAUGUGUUGUGGAACUUGCAGUUUGCUGCUCAGGUGCAGGAUGCCUGGAGGGGAGACUCCCAGAGCAGCGAGGGUUCACCUGCUUCACCUUCCCAGCCUCCACAGCUGCACCUCACCUCUCAAAAGUACCAGCUUUAGGUUCUUGUCCACCGUCUAUCUCACUCAUUAUGCUGUUGUGAUAUUUGUUUGCUGCUACAAGAAGCGAGGAGCAAAAAAUGUUUGAAUGCCCCUACUCAUUCACUCUUUUCCUUUUUCUGGGUACAAUGGAAAUCUCUUCUCCUAAAAAAAGAAAAAAAAAAACUUAUAAAUAAGAAUAAACUUAUGAAGAAAACAGAAUAAGAGUAAACUUAGAAAGGACAAUAGUUUCCGUUCUUUUUGGCA